GGGCUCUCUGUGGCUUCCCGGGUGUCGCCUCCUUCCCUCCAACUUCGUGCCAAUGGCGUCCAGCGGCCAGGAGCGGGCCUCUGAGGAUUGUGGCGUCUCCGGCAUCACGGGAUGCAGCAAGACUCCUCAGCCUGAGACCCGGGACAGCUUACCGACGCCCUCACAGGGCUCAGGCCCUCGCCCAGGUCCUGUGGCUGCGGCAAAUUGUGGCUCCUGCCUUCGGAGGAAUGUGAUCAGCGAGAGAGAACGCAGGAGGCGGAUCUCCUUGAGCUGUGAGCGCCUGCGGGCUCUGCUGCCUCAGUUUGAUGGCCGGCGGGAGGACAUGGCCUCUGUCCUGGAGAUGACUGUGUACUUCCUCCAGCUUGCCCACAGUAUGGCUCCUGGCUGGGAGCAGCUCUCCGUGAGUUGUAAGCAGGUUCCUCAGCCUUCCCAGGAGAUGUGGCACCUGUGGCAGGGGGAUGUCGUGCAGGUGACCCUGGCGGAUCAGAGUGCAGACAGCAAGCCGCCGGACUCCGGGAUAGCAAAAGCAUCCAGUGCGGCUCGAGUGCAGGACGCCCCACGCUGUGAGAUGCUGGGUAUGGACCAGAGCCAAGCCCUGGGGAGAGUGUCAGAACUGCUGGAGAGACCCUCCUCCCCGCUUGAGCCUUCCAGCUUGAGUCCCGGGCUCUCCCCCUGGCUUCCUCACUCAUGGCAGUUAGCCACCCCCCAGACGAGCGACAUCAUUUCUGGUGGGUUGCACCCCGUGGGAUCCCUGGCCAGGGACACUGAAUCUCCGGGCAUGCUGGCUGAGGAGGCCAACUUGGUCCUGACAUCUGUGCCUGAUGCCAGGUACACCACAGGGCCAGGGUCCGACGUGGUGGAUGGAACAUCCUUUCUGCUGACCACCAAUCCUGACUGGUGGCUGGGGUCGGUGGAGGGCAGAGGAGGUCCAGCCCUGGCCACGAGCAGCCCUAUGGACAGGGCAGAGUCAAGCUUCAUGGGGGACCCUGAGCCCAUCUCCCCGGAGCUCCAGCCUGGCCCCCUAGAGCUGUGGGGCUUGGAUUUUGGCAGCCCUGGCCUGGCUGUGCAGGAUGAAGCAGACAGCCUCUUCCCUGACUUUUUCCCCUGAGAGUUUAGUUGUCAGCUUGGUGGGGGAACAGGGCAGCACAGGGGCAGGACUGUGCCCCUGUCCCUUGCCUGGGUGUUGUAUUUUGGGUUUCGUUUGCAGCUGCGGUCUAAUUUGAGGGAGGCUGGCAGGGAGGGCUGUGAGUUGUAUUAAAGAGGAAAGUGGUUUUCCUGGCAGAAGCAGAA